AUGCAACCAUUGGUCGAGUCAAUGAAAGCUUGGAUCUAUCUUCGAACUCAUCCUAUUUGGAUUAUGACGACUACAAUCGCUGAUGGAACGAUCAUUCACAUCUCAUCAAAUACAAGUGGAAUACUUUGGUCUAUGCCGAUGCUGGGUUUUACCAAUGCAGGAAAUAUAAUUGUACAAAAUUGUUCUAUAAACGGUAGCCUCAUCUUGACUGGACCAGUUAUCACCGUUGGAGUAUGA